AUGGUCACACAUUACGUAAGAUUUAUUGAAACAUUGCGUUGUGAUUUCGGGGAUCCAGAUGCGUUAUUAAGGCGCAAUGCUUUGGUUUGGUGCCACAUGGAUAUUGCAAUUUAUCCCACCGCAACUGUGAUAUGCCCACGCCGUGUCAACGACGUCGAGUAUGUCUGGCAUCCACAACCAAUGUCGUACGAACAAGUUCAUCUAAAAACGUAUGUUUCUGGUGAUGGCAAGUUUCGUGCCGUUCCGCUUUCGGAUGUAAUUGUGACGGAAGAGCCACGUUGGUUCGUUUGGAUAGAAUCGAAUGGAUUAGGCAGUGAUCUGCAUCUCGACUUAAUGCAUGACGAUAUAUACGCCAUUAAUGAACGCCGCCUGAUAUUCAUUUGUGGUCCAAGGGAUUUGGUUUUGAGUGAUGCAUUGCAACGUCAGCUUGACAGCCUCGAUGAUGUCAUCCACAUGCAAGAACUCCCUUGGACUCCAGCAACACCAUUGACUCAAGAAAUAUCAAAGAUAGGAACGGGUUUGGGUUUGGUGUUCUUGUACAGAGAUCAUAUGCAGUUGAAGCUUCAGGGCUGUGGGAGCCGGCCUUCUCCGUUGUUUGCUGCAGAUACUGAGGUUACUAUAGACCCUGUUACUGGAACACGUUCAUGUGUGGCAGAUCCGAUGUCGAAAUCACCUAUCGGUUUUUUGUGCGAAGGCAGGAUUGAACCUGAGGAUUGCAUGACGUCUCUCUAUGAUAAGGAUGGUGGAGUUGUGAAACCUCCCCGACCACGUUUUUAUUGGAAAUUCGAACACCAUAGGCCUUGGGUGGUAGCGCAAUAUUUUGACAAAUUAGCCUUACUCCCCUUCCAUGGCGAAUGCAGGUGUAUAGAUCCCCAAACGGGCCAUGUGAAAGCCACAAUAGAGGUCCGCUCAAAAACCGACUACAUUUGUGACAUUUCCAGCUUGAUAUUACGUAACCGUUUUCUCCUCAUCCGCGGCCCUUGGUGUUCGGUUAUGUUACAUCCAGGCAAUACGUUGACCAUAAGGUUUCCGGCAAAGUCCAUAAAUUCGGCUUCUAUAAAGGAGCGUUUUGACGAAAAUUCUGACGGAGAUAUCGAUGAGCAUAUUUCGAAUAUACCAUUCUCUCAACUGCCAUCUAUCUACGAGUACGAAACAGAAUUUUUGCCGCAGGACAUGACGACGCUGCGGCAGCAGGCGUAUUACUAUGACCUUGAAACUUAUGGCGAAAUCUCCUACAACAAAGCACUUGCUGGCGAUGCUCUUGAGUUAGAUGUUUCCCAAAUUGCCCGAGGAGAGGUGAAGCUUAAGUACCAUAUAGACAAACCUCUAUCGUCGCUAGGAGGUCACAACGUUUUCUUGUAUCACUGGACGUUGAUAUCUAAAAACGAAAAUGUACUCGAGAAAAUACGCUCCACCGUCAACGUCUCCUUUGCAUUUAACCAUGACUACACGAAGGUUGGUUGUGAUAGGGGGCAAAGGCAUGUAUUCGAUCAACACUCGAGCAAGAACUAUUGCACAAACAAACUCAUGAGUAACGAUAUAGGCAGUACUUACGAAUGCGCAUUGCAUUUUUGGAGGGCCGAAUGGAAAACCGGCAUUUACUGCAGUCCCGACGAAGAGCUGUUGCCAAAAAAUUGUGACUCUACAGCAUAUGACCUCUACUCAAACAGCAUCAUUCCAUUACCUAUAUCGGUGCGUAGCGUAACUCCAUAUCCAAUUCAGGGGUUCCAGGUAUUAAACGUGGCCAUACAAAAUACGCCCAUCAGUUAUGCUUGUAUAUCUGUUGACCAACGUGGACACGAAACGUCAAAGCUUAUUCUCGAGUCAUACGAUAAAUUAAGCCGCAACUUCGUGGUAAGCCGUAUAACGAAUUUUAACAGGUUACUCCCAAACCUGUGGGUGCCUUGGCACACGUUCGUAUUGUUAUGUGAAGGGCCCACACCAGAAAGGUUUAUUAAUAUGCAGCGACCAUCCGAACAGUCCAUCAAACUACGGGUGGGCACAACGUUGUCCAUGACUUGUGAACUUGCUCUCGGGCUCCAAAAUGUUGGCAAUAGUGGAGCAAUGAAAACUACAUGGCUCCCAACACAAUCUGAUGAGUUUCAUUAUACCGUCAAACAUACAUUGCAUGGACGGGAGCUCAUUAGGACUUCACACAAAGAUGUAAUGACUAGCACAAAAGGUGGAUUGGAAGUAGUUUUCCAUGAAGACUUGAUAAGAUCUGGAUAUCAAACAUUAAAGAUAAAAUCGCAUAAAGGCGCUGUGCUCAUAUCCAAAGAUCCAUUUUACAAUCAACAUGUACCCAUGAGAUUUGUCUGCGGCAAGGCACCCCACCUAUCUAUUUUGUCGAUCGUGAAUGGUAACAGACCUGCGUCGGACACAUCUGAACACCUCAUUCCACAGAUUACAGAAUCGUCGGAGCAAUACAAUUGGCAUGUCGUGGAAGUUGCCGUCGAGACCACGGAUCCGUACAUGCAAGGCUGCGGCGUUACCCAAGCGUCAGCUGAAUUGUUCAAGCCUGAGACACCUCCACUCUACGACGGUGAUGGGCAGUCUCAGUUCGGGUGCAAAAUAGAUCUUCGAGCUGCCAAGGAGGCGGCGUUCUACUGCCCAGCACCGUACCUCCUGGACCCACCCAACUGCUUCAGCCAGGCCUCCGCGGACGGUGAAGUAAGGAACCUAAGCGACCUUAGUGAAUCGUUAGUGGCAUCUCGGUCCAACCACUUUGCAAUCCUGAGCUUCGACAGUUCACUCGUCGGAGUCGGAGACACGCUGCGCCAGACGCCGCCGUUGGAGUGCCGCUGCGUCACCAUCAAGGGCGCCAUACUCUCCACCAUCCAGAUCGAGAACUACUACGUCAAGUAG